AUGUCGAAUACAGGGUUUUUGAACAUCCAGAUACUCACAAAUACUGAGCUGCUCUUAGAUCUGAAUCGGCUUGGCACGGUCGAAUCUCAAGGUUUUCAUGCAACUCUAGAGGCGUACGACAGAAACGAUUGCGGGGGCCACUUUAUAGCCGGGAAUGGGUAUAUCACCUCCCCGUCAUACCCCAACAAUUACCCAGAUAGAAGCCUCUGUGUUUACGAAAUUCGAGCAGCAGACACAAGUCGAGACGUUUUGUUACAUUUUGUAGACUUCCAAUUGGAGGCCCACUCCAACUGCGUUUGGGAUCGCAUUAAGGUCCGACACGAGUUGUCUAAUGGCAGUACUGGUGAAGUGACCGUUUGUGGCUCUACCGUACCUGCCGAUGUCAUUGCAAAGACGAUUUCAGUUCUUUUCUACGCAGACUAUUCGGCAAAUCUACGAGGGUUUCGUGCUGCAUAUUCUGUUUAUCAGCCACCUACAAUUGCACCCCUAGCGCUCCUGGAUGGGGAUGUAGAAAUAAUCGAUCGGAAUCUAAGAGCUCAAGCAACCACACAAAAAUCAACUUCGAUGACAACUAUCCAGCCAACUGAUGUCAUGAUGUCAACAUAUAUUGCCUCUAAAACCAAUGUAGAAUCCAGACACAUCUCUUUAGGAUCGACAGUGAAUUUUAAAGAGGAAACCUCGACAUUUAUAGAUACUUCUACAGGAACCGAUGCGGAGCCAAUUGCAACAAUCAUUAUCACAGAUGUCAGAUCAACUUUCACAGAUAGUUCGAUGGAAGUUAACCCAGAACUAAUAUUUAUGUUCACGGAAAUCAGCUCGGCUUCUACAGACAUUUCGACUGAAACCAACUCAGAGACAACAUUUAUGGUUAGAGAGACCAGCUCGACUUUCACGAAUACAAACUCGGAACCAACUGAAACGAGUUCAAGUUCUACAGAAGUUUUGACAGAAACCAGCUCGGUGUCAACAUCAGUGCCCAUUAAAACCAGCUCAGAUUCCACAGACAUUUCAACAGAAACAAUAUUAGAACCAACCAAAACUAGUUCUCCCGGAAAUUCGACAGAAGUCAUCUCGGAAGCAACACUUAUGCCAAUAGGAACCAGCUCAAGUUUGACAGAUACCUUAGCAAACACAAUCUCGGACACAAUGGCGUUUCUAGAAAGGAGUUUGAGUUCUACAGACAUUUCGACAGUGCCAAGCAGGGAACAUACG